AUGCUUCUCCAAGACAAGCAGAUUGAUUCAUUGACUGUCUACGAAAUAAUAAUCUCGAUGCGGGCCGUUUCGGACGAUGACGCUGUAAUUCUUAUCAUCUCACCAAAGUUUGCCACAGUGCACGAUCAUGUUUCCUUCCAGUGGAGUCUGAAAAUCCAUGGCACAACGGGAAGAUUCAAUGGAUCUGAUGACGAUCUGGACGAAGAGGACGAUCCGCCGUCUGAUUAUGUCGCGGUUGAGCUCUACUUCGUUGACGGUCCAGUGGACGUCCGAGCUGUAGUUCGAGUGAUGCAGAAAGACGCCAAGAAUGACGAAAAACCAGAGAUCGUGGAAGAAAGAAAAACGAUAUCCAUGCAACGCGGCCGCGGAAUCGAAGUGACUGGAAAAGACCGAAAUCCAAUCUCACAAUUUCUUCAGGAUAACGUUGACAAUAUCGUAAAGGUUUCAGUGCUGAUUAAGAUGGACGCUAAACUGUUCGAUCCCUACACUUACUUGGACAAGGUUUCUCCAACGCCCCACAAGUCUUUUUUGACGACUAACUACAACGCCAGGGUCAACAGUAAAGUGUGGAGGAGGCGGUCGAGAAAAAAAUCGAAGGAUGAGAACGGGAAGUUCAGUCGAAAGGAGAAAGUGGACUUUGAGAAGAAAUUCGCCGAGGUGAUGGAACAAGAACGGGAAAAAAUGGCCAUCGACGUGAAUCGUCUUCGAGUUAGUGGUCCACCAUCACGACGAGGAUCAACUCAAACUAUUCUCAGCCACCAACAUGCACCCGAUCAUGAACAUCUUUUCAAAAAGUUGCUGAUCAGUUGCUGCGAAUCAUGUGAACGGCGGAGAGCUUCAUUCAUCUACGAUAGCAAGACAGAAGAUGAAGCAGAUGACGGAGAGGAGACCGAGUCUAGCGACGAAGAAGAGGAAAAGUGUUUCGAGUGUCGCGACAGUGACAAGGAGCAUGUGCAUGAUCUUCUUGCCAAUAUGUACUUCAACAAGAUCGUUCUGCCCGGAAUGGAGUACGUUGAGGACUUCGUCGAUUUUCUCAUUGAUGCCGAACUUAAUGACCUUCCAGUAUUGAAACGUGCUUGCGAGCGUUACUUGUGCGGCGAACUGAAUACUAAAAAGGACCUGCUCACGUCUCUUUUGCUCGAUCUUCUAUUCAUAUCCAUUGUCUUCCAAUUACCUGUCAUGAAAAGUAUGACCUUAUCCGAAUUAUCCAACAGAACUGAGGAAUUGACUCAACCUGACAAACUGAUGGAAGACGAAGAGUACAAGGUGUUGGAUAAACGAAUUCGAUCGCUAUCCGACCGUAAUUUGGUGGAACUAAUCGAGCAGUGUGUUGCUUUCGCCGAACAACGGAAUAGAGUGCAAGUAAUAGCACUCAGUGCAUGA